AGAUGUGGAAGCGUUUAGUAUGAACCUGUCCACUGGUAAUAUUAGUUAUCCGGGAAUUCGUUAACCUUUGUCAUUUUAGAUGCGUGUGUGUAUACCAUUUAAAAUUGUCUCUAAUGAACCACUGAACUGAAUGUGGAGCAAUUAAAGCCCCAUCGCUCCAAAUAAAUUGGUAAAACCUUUAAGACAGGCCAAACAUUUGUCUACUUGACUGUUAGGUUUUUUUUAUAGUUUGAUUACUGGAGCAUUAAAGCACAUCCUCUGCUGGUCUGACUAAUAGCAGAACUGGUGAUGUAAACAGAGGGGUGGUUGAACUAGCCCUGGGCUGAGGAACUGAGUUCCAAAACUGCACACAAACAGCCAGCUUCACAAGCUACACAACAUCUGAGAAAUCCCAGCCUCACCCUCCACACUUCAUUCUACACAAGACACAUGGCUCUGCUCCGGCAGUACUUCUGGCUCUGGCUGGCUCUGGGGAUUGGCUUCGUCUCUCUGAUCCUCGGGCUCUUUCUCACCCUUCUCUGCUGGUGCAUCUUCAAAAAAGGCCAGUCUGUCUACUCUCCAGAGAGCAGUGCUAGUGAAUACAAGUUUAAAGUCCGUGAGAACCACCCAGAACUGCCUCCAUUACCUCCCAGAAACAUUGUGUAUCCAGCACAGCCGCGUGGUGCUCUGGAGAGCAGUGCUAGUGGAUACAAGUUUAAAGUCCGUGAGAACCACCCAGAACUGCCUCCGUUACCGCCCACAAACAUUGUGUAUCCAGCACAGCCACGUGGUGCUCUGGAGAGCAGUGCUAGUGAAUACAAGUUUAAAGUCCGUGAGAACCACCCAGAACUGCCUCCGUUACCUCCCACAAACAUUGUGUAUCCAGCACAGCCACGUGGUGCUCUGGAUAAGCAACAGCAGACUUUUCGCCACCAGCCAGAGUCCAAUCCUGGUAAGCAACAGCAGAGGUUUUCUCAGCAGCAGAGUUUUUCUCAGCAGCAGAAGUCCAGCCGUGACUCAGAGCUGUAUGAGAACAAGGAGACGGAGCCAGCGUAUAUGGAUGUGUUUGAUGAUGCAGACUAUGAUGACGUCGUGCCUCUAGGCUUUGUCAGUGAGGACUAUGAUGACAUUGAGAACCAGCCACCAGACCGGGGAUUCACAAAGUGAGCUGGGCUGCACAGAGACGGAGACAAGCGGCCUCACUGCUCCUGAUGCAAACAGCAGGAUUUCUACAAUUCAGGCUCACACAUGUGUACAUGUAAAAACAUUGCAAAGUGUCAUAAUUAAUGGUGAAGCUUAAACACGAGCAUGGUCAAUUUCAAAUAUAAAUGGUAGAUUACCAUGGUACUGAAAUUGGAUCCCACCAGUAUUACAGUGUAUGCCUCUUAACAUCAUCCUAGGUGUCUUUCAGUUCUGAAGACUAAUAAAUAUUUUUCAUUGCUCAUUUUUUCCGAAGCUUAGAAAACUUUGUACUAGGCAAAAUCAUCAUAGCUAUUACAUUUUGUAUAUGGCUUGCUGUAAAAAGUUGUAUUAAUUCAAUGUUUUUCAAUGCAUAUUUUGUAUAUAAGUAUAUAUUUAUUUUAACCUUACCUGUAUUCUCUUUAAAUACUAGAACAUGUGUACAUGUUCCAACAUGUCAUUUAAACAGAGAGGUAUGAAAUAGCACAGAGUAGAGAUUGGGAGCAGAGAGUAAAGUAUCAUUUGUGAUAGCUGUGUUUUCUCUACUACAUCCACAUUGCAGUAUUAUGGGCUCAGCUUUGGGUGCCACUGUUGUAUAUAAGGCUGCUUGUUUGAGUUAUUGGGUGGGGUCCUCACUCGGGAUGUCUGAUGACACUGAGGCUCUUCAGUCAAUACGUUUGGAACUCUUGGUCCAGCUCAUUGCUCAUAAUGGAUAACGAAUCUCUUUUGCACACACUGGUUUUGUGGCACAGAUGGAAAUGUAGCAUCAGGUCUUCAAUGUUACAUAUAGCUCAGACUCGGAUACACUCGGAUUGCAUUUCCUUUUGAUAAUUCCUUUUAAUGUAUUUAUCUUUAGUGCAUGUAAAUGAGCAUUCUAAAAACAUGGCAUUUAGAAUUGAAUACAAUAAAAAUGUAUGAAAACUGUCA